AUGUGUUGGAUUCUCGGGUAUAAAAUUGAAAAAAUGGUGGGUUUUUCUUUUUAAAAGUAGUUCUGUGGUUUCUUGGUGAAAAAUUCUCUUCAGAAUGUUCUGCCCAAACCACCAGUGGCGGACCUGCAAACAACAUUGGACAGGUUUGUCCAUAUAAAUAUGCUUAUUUGACUUUUUCGGUUUUUAACUUCUCUGAAAAAUGAAUAGAAUUGAAGGAUUUUUUUGAUAGAUUUUUUUAAGGGUCGUGUUUAAAAAAAUUCCAACUUCAUGGUUUGCUCAAAAAAACAAGGGAUUCAUGCCACCAAAAAAAUAAAAAUGGGCAAAAUCUUUUUUUAAGAAUUUAAAUUUGAAAUAAAAAAAGAAAAAAACGGUUCUAAUAGAACAGAAAAAGUGCAUAAUUACCGAAAUUUUCAUUACUUUUUCAUCUCAGGAAAUUCAAUCGUAUUUGUUUUUCAUCGAGGACCGGUAGAGCCAAUAGAUUACUCGAAAACCUUUUUUUUAUUUCAAAUUAAGGAUACAGGUGGAAUAUUGAUAAAAUUUCCUAUCCCAGGUAUCUCGAAUAUGCCGCGGUAGUGGCGGUGGGUCAAAAAGGGAGUUUGGCGACGACGCACGCGGCUGCCGCGCGGUUUCUGGAAGAAGCAGGACCCCUUCAGUUGCAACUCUACGCGGUUGCUGAUGAGAGUCCCAACUGGGUAACUUAAAUUCUGUCCUCGAGCCGAGAAAAAGAUUCUCUUCGAUUUUCGAUUUUCUUUGAAAUAAAAAAAUGAAAACGUUUUUUCAUUGUGGGAAUCGGAACGGCUAGUUCUUUUUCUCGAGCUCUUUUGACGUAGGUUUAUUUUUUUUUAAUAUCCAAAGUCCAGGUGACCAAGUAUUGGCUUCCGGAAAUGUACAUGAGGGUCCGAAUUCCAACGCCUGUCAACUCGAAUCCGGCUUACAUUUUCCCAAAAGUCCGCUUCAAAGACCUCCAAGAGCAAAUUAGGUUUGAAACUGCUGAAUUUUGAUGUACAAAAGGAAAAUUCUGAAGAUAGUGGUAGUUUUCGCUUCAGGAUAUAUUUAAACGUAUUAUGUAUGCGCCUAAAUUCAACCAAAGUUAAAAAAAAACCCAAGCUUUUAAAAUUGAAAGUUUCCGUUUUUUUAAAAGCAGAAACGUGUUCAAGUAUAAUAAAUAAUUAUUUUUAUCAUUAUCAAGUAUGUAGGUUCAUAUAAACCCUUAAAUUUUGCUCUUAACGUAAAAAACGUUUGCAAAUUUUCUUGACAGCCAUGAAUCAACUAUAGUUCUUUUUGAAAGGAUAGAUUCCAGAUACACGGCGCUGCUCACACGGGGCUUGUUGGAGUACAAAAAUAAGAUCGAUUUGUGAGUUGAAUUCUCGAUUAUAAACUUCAAGAUUUUCUCAAAACAGGAAGCAAAUAGAAAAAGAAGUGUCGACGGGAAAGCAGAAGAUCCAUCUCUGCAUGGAACAGUACGAGAGGAUUCUGAAUUGUUAUAGGUGGGACCCUUUUUGGAGUUUGUAUAGACAGGUUCAAUAUCUUCAAUUUUCACAAAUCUGGAAGAGAGCAUUUUUAAAAAUUUUGACCGAUCCUCAGACACUUUUCUAGUUGCUUUAUGAAUAACAAAGUUUCGAAGCUGAAAAAAUCCUGCUUCCUUCAGGCAACCCGGCUUCGAAGAAGAUACGCAGUUCAGAAAGCCUAAAACUCAUCAAGGAAAUGAGCAUGUACUGGUCAUGUGCCGGAAACAGGUCAGUCCUACAGUCCUUUUUUUUUGUUUCUUACCUGGAAGUUUAUUUCACACCUCACUUUGCAAUUUUCGGAAUAUUUACUAGAUCUGACGUACUUAAUGGAGAUUCUGAAGCACAUUAUCCUAAAUUUCAAGAAAAAUCAAAAACUUUGACUCCAAGUCGGAGACAACCUUUAAAGUACAUUCGGAAUGAAACGAGUUUUCAUAAAAUUCGAUGUAAAAUCAUCUCCCCGUCGGUAUCGGAACUGUUUCAGACGUAUAUCAUGCACACACGGAUCAACGGCGCCAUGUUGCCCCAGGCGGAUAUCGAGAGUCAACUCACUAAAAUCGAAUCGAUCUCUAGAAACACUGUCGUGGUAACGAUUCGCUUUUAUAGACACCAUCCAAGAGCUUUCAAAACGAUAAGGUGCAAAAUGAUUUUGUUCAAGGAACUUUCACACAAAAAUAAGGCUUGUGCGACGUCUGGCCCGUAAGUUUAUGCCGCAAAAAAUAAGACCCAAAGCCCGUGUCGGGCAGGUCCGGGCCAAACCUCCCAGUCCUACUGUUUUGAAUGUCAAGGAGCAAACUCCAUCCACUCGGCUACAGUAUCUUUUCGUGUCGAUUGAACAUCCCGUUAUCCUUUAAUAUCGAUACAAGAAGUAAAAACAUCAUAUUUGGUGACAUUUUUGAAUCUCCCAACUCAAAAAAAGACUGAAAAGUAGUUUUUCCUUCCAAAAUACAUUGAAUUUAGAACUCGUUAGGAAUCGCUGCCUGUGGCGUUGGAGAGCGGAAAGAUGGGGCCGCCUUUUGGGAAGAGAUGUUUUUGGGUGAGUUCCUGGACCUUUUCUUGAAUGAAAUGACUUCAUGUUCAGUGGAACAAAAUGCGAAAUCGUUCGAAUGGGUCAAAGAUUCGCUUUUCGUCGUGUGUCUCGAUGUCGAGGACGACGGCGACUCUGAGAACAGUCUGGACAGCAAGGAAAAUAUCGAGAGGGACUUUGUCCAGCGAGGCAUCCACAUUCUGACUGGCCAUGGAAGCGGAAAGAACGGACUGAAUCGCUGGUACGACGCCACUAUCCAGGUAAUCUUUCCGUUCUACACAUCUCUUGAUAAUGUGGACAGGACAAAUUAUAAGGAAGCCAGACUGUUAUUUUGUGAAUUUUCACAUCGACAUUUGACAUAAUUUUCGAAAGAACAUGAAACGAUUUCAACUGAUUGCAAGUUCGAAUACAAUCUCCAAGACUCAAUUAUUUACCUGGAUUUCAGAUCCAAGAGAAUCCGUCAGAGUUCACACUGUCAAUAAUUUUGUCACGUUCACCCCCUUAUAAUUAAAUUUUUUUUCAAGCUUAUCGUGGCACGCGACGGCUCGAAUGGCCUCUGCAUCGAGCACUCGACGGCGGAAGGAAUCGUCAUCAUAAACAUGGCCGAAUUCGCCAUCCGCCACGCUCAGAGUAACUUCCAUUCCAAACUGGUACUCUCCGAUCAUUUUUUUUUAAUCAUCCCGAUUUGAAAGUUCCAGAUAUCCAGAGAGAUCCGAAACGUCCACCCAAAGACUUUGACAUGGCACGUGAGUCAGCCCGCCCGGAAGAUUCUACAGAAGCAGACGGAGACUUUCGACGAGUUUGAACCCUCAUUUUCUGACUUUUAGGAUAUUGAAUCUUGCAGACUUGCCAGGGAGCUCGAGCUGGAAGUCUUGCUGUUCGAGGACUUUGGCAAAGACGCCAUCAAGGACUGGGGAGUGAGUCCGGACGGCUUUGCACAGCUGACUCUCCAAUUGUCGCACUAUAAGUGGGGAUGAAGCUGGACUAGGUCUACAAAACUUCUGCAGAACCCACGGCUACCUGGUGUCGACGUACGAGUCGGCGUCGGUCCGGCGCUUCAGAUCAGGUCGCGUCGACAACAUCCGAGCCAACACCCAGGCUGCCUUGGAAUGGGUCACCGCCAUGGAGUCGAAGAGUGUUGAUGACGUUGGGCUAUGAGAUGAUAUCCAUAAGAUUUGAUCAUUCAGAAGAAGAAGUUCGAGCUUUUUCGUAAAGCCGCCGAAAAGCAAGCGAAGGUCACAGCGGAGGUAAGAAAUUUUAAUAUUCUUCUAUAGUCACAUUUUGAGCCUCUGGUUGGUCUUGGAAAUCUAUAACUUUGUAAAAUUUUUUUACAUUAUUACUCUCUGAGUUCUGAAAGUAGGUAGCCACUUUAUCACAAUUUUUUCAGUUUCAUCAUUUUUACGAUAAAUAAAGAGGCGAAAAAUGCUUAUUUUCAUAACAGUUUCAAAUUUUCACAGAACAUCACCGGCUAUGGGAUCGACAACCAUCUAUGCGCUCUCUACGUGUUGGCCCGCGAAAGGCAAAAAGCGACUGGAGAAGAAAUGCCGGCCCUUUUCCGCGAUCCCCUGUGGGCCGACGUGAUGAGAUUUCCUUUGUCAACUAGUCAGGUUUGAUCUAACUUUUGGUUUUGAAUGCGAUCGUCAUCCAGGAGACCUGCUGAAGACCUCAGAAAAACGUAGAAAUACACAAAUUAAGAGGUAGAAGAAAAAAAACAAUUUCUCCAAAAACCAUCCAGGUGCAAGAAAUUGUCUACCUGGCUACCUUUUCUCAACUUUUGAAGCAAGAAUAAUUUUUCUCUGUAGUCACUUCUUUUUAAAACUUGUUCGGCCUAUUAAUUUGCAUCACAUUUGAAUAUCCCUAAAAAGUGCCUUAACCGAAACAAACUUAUGGAAAAGAAGGUCUUUACAGGAAUUUUUUAGAAACGCUCUUUAAUAUUUCUUUCUUGUCCUUGUGUAAAUCUCAAGAAUCUUAAGAACUCGCUAAAACUUCAAAAGUUAUCAUAUCAACUGUCAUAGGACGCAACCUUUGGUUACCCUUUUUGGUCCAUGAACAGUUUCACCAAGAAAUUUCACAGGUAACCCCAGCGAUCGACAUCCCCGACAGCUACCUGUGCUACGGAGCCGUCGUUAGAGACGGCUACGGUUGCGCCUACGCAAUCCAUCCGCAACGUCUUCUGUUCGCCCCGUCGGCUUUCCGGUCCGACCCGAGGACCGACCUGCCAAAGUUUAAACGAAUGAUCUCCGCUUCACUCAGGCAAAUUCGCGACCUUAUAAAGGCGAACACUUGA